CCGGAAGCGUUGCUCGCGAGGCGGAAGCGGAGGGAGCCGGCAGGUGCGGUGGGAGCCUGUUCUGUGCACGCCGGCGACCCUCUGUCUGGGGCCGGGCGUGGUUGCGGCUGUCAGGUCUGUCAGGAGGAGGAGGAGGACUUGCAGGGCCUCUGAACGGUGAGAUGCUGAUGCAGGGCCCAAACAGACCACAAUGGUCUACCUUCAGGGGCGUUACACACCGUGAUUCACAUCUGAUCGACGGAGGUGUUUGCUCAGUGUGCAACGUCUCAGACAGUAGUAUGUGACAGAGGAGGUUGUAGGCUGCGGGGAAAGAAGCCAUUAGCCCUGGUGUGUACUAUGCAUCCAUUCGGUCCACCUGCUCCUCAAUCUGAAAAUAUGGCCGCGUGUGUAUAGGAGGCAAAGAACAACCUGGGUCUCAUGCAUUCACCGGAAGGGAAAAAAAAUGUCUCAAAAGCAGAUGAAGGAAGCUUUUGUCAGUAACCUCAAUGGAACCAGCGUGCUGGAAGUGACCCAGGGCUUGUGCUUUCCUGCAUUCUGUAUCCUGUGCAGAGGCCUUUUGAUCAUUUUCUCAGAGCACUUGUGUUCUUUCUCACUCCACCGGAGCACACGAUUCUUCAUGGACUUUGUUGUUCUCAUAGUCCCCCUGGUGGUCACUCUGACUAUACUGUCUUCGUUUAUUCUCCUUGAGAGUCUCACUGUGAUUGCCUGCGGGGCAUGGCUGUUGUAUCAGAUCUAUCAGAGGAGAACUUGCUAUGCCAAAGUGCCUGUCCAGAAAGUCUUUGCAAACUUCUUGAAAAUCAGCCUAGAGUCAGAGUACAAUCCAGCCAUCACCUGUUACCGGGUCAUUAACAGUGUAUUCACUGCUAUUGCCAUUUUGGCUGUGGACUUCCCACUUUUCCCUAGAAGAUUUGCCAAAACGGAGCUUUAUGGGACAGGGGCCAUGGAUUACGGAGUAGGUGGUUUUAUUUUUGGGGCUGCAAUGGUUUGUCCAGAGCUUAGAAGGAAAUCUGUAGAAGGGUCCAGAUUUAAUUACCUUAGAAAAUCACUGUAUUCUGUUUGGCCGCUCGUCUUGUUAGGAAUGGGACGGUUAGUCGUUAUAAAAUCCAUAGGCUAUCAGGAACAUUUAACUGAGUAUGGAGUUCACUGGAAUUUUUUCUUUACCAUCGUAGUUGUGAAAUUAAUAACAUCCCUUCUUUUGAUUAUUUUUCCUUUAAAUAAGUCAUGGAUUAUGGCUGUCAGCAUUACUGUGUUGUACCAGCUAGCUCUUGACUUGACUCCACUCAAGAGGGUAAUUUUGUAUGGCACUGAUGGUAGUGGCACGAGAGCUGGGUUAUUUAAUGCCAACCGGGAAGGAAUCAUUUCCACUCUGGGGUACGUGACGAUCCACAUGGCUGGCGUGCAGACAGGGUUGUAUGUGCUUAAGAACAGAACACAUAUCAGAGACUGGAUAAAAGUUGCUUGUUGUAUUCUCUUAGUGGCUGUUAGCUUCUUCAUUUCCCUUUAUAUAGUUCAAGUAAAUAUAGAAGCCGUAUCUCGAAGAAUGGCCAAUUUAGCCUUUUGUAUGUGGGUGGUUGCUUCUAGCCUGCUGCUUCUUAGCUGUCUGUUACUGAGUGAUAUAAUUUUGAGUUUUGCCAAAUUUCUAAUUAAAGGGGCUCUAGUACCAUGUUCUUGGAAACUUAUACAGUUGCCUGCUACAAAUAAAAAACAUUCUGAAUCUCCAAUCCUAGAAGCUGAAAAAAAAGAACCCAGCCUUUGUUUAAUCACAGCUCUGAACAGAAACCAGCUGUUUUUUUUCUUGCUGUCAAAUAUAACAACUGGUUUGAUUAACCUGAUGGUGGAUACGUUACACAGUAGUGCCUCCUGGACCUUAGUUGUGCUCGGUAUGUAUAUGUUUACCAACUGUUUGGUUAUAUAUGUCCUUGAUUUACAAGGUAAAACCGUAAAGUUUUGGUGAUGGAAUGGGUAGGCUGUAUAUAUUUGAACAGCAUUAUUUUAGGGAGGAGAGCAAAUGUGAAGGAGAUGUGCUCUUAGCAAUCCAGAUUUUAUCAUGAAGUUUCAAUCCUCUGACAGAAAUUAAACUCUACUUUUUUUGAGGAAGACUCCUGCCACUCUACUGGAUGUGUAAUACAUUUUGACAUUAUGUAAAACAAGCCAACAGAAGUGGUGGGUGGCUUGAAUCUCAGAGCAUGGGAGGCAGGGGCAGGCAGGUCUCUGUGUGUUCGAGGCCAACCUGAUAUAUAUGUUGAGUUUCAGGACAGCCAGGGCUAUGGAGAGAGACCCUCAGGG